GCCAAGCGGAAGGAAUAUCCGAAUUUCCGAAUAAAAUUGGUGGCAGUGGGAGAGUAGAGUAGGAAAUUUGGAAAACAGAUGGCGAUGGUUUCCAUGGCAUUCGGUGUCAACACUGCGACCUUUCCGAAUCUCAACAGGUGUCGAGGAAUGGCAUUUGCAAGUUUGAGUAACAAAGCGAGUGCGUCUUUGGGAGUGCGAGUCACGGAAGGAGAGGGGAAUUUGCCGAAGCUUGUGCUUACUUCCCCCGCUGGUAGUGAGGCUGAGAUAUACCUGUUUGGAGGUUGCAUUACCUCUUGGAAAGUUCCCGGUGGCAAGGACCUUCUUUUUGUUCGCCCUGACGCUGUUUUUAAUGGGAAGAAACCGAUAAGUGGAGGCGUCCCGCAUUGUUUUCCACAGUUUGGUCCUGGUCCAAUUCAGCAGCAUGGGUUUGCAAGGAAUAUGGAUUGGACUGUUGUUGAUUCUGAAAAUACGGAAGGAAAUCCUGUUGUAACUCUGGAACUGAAGGAUGCUCCUUAUAGUCGUGAUAUGUGGGAUUUCGGCUUCCAUGCUUUAUUCAAGGUCACACUAAAUGCUAAAAGUCUUUCGACCGAGUUAACAGUUAAAAAUACAGACGAUAAAGCAUUCUCAUUUAGUACUGCCUUGCACACAUAUUUUCGAGCAUCUGUGAGUGGUGCAUCAGUAAAGGGGUUAAAAGGUUGCAAAACUCUCAACAAAGAUCCAGAUCCUAAAAAUCCAGUCGAGGGUAGGGAAGAAAGGGACGUGGUCACUUUCCCUGGAUUUGUAGAUUGUGUUUAUCUCGAUGCUUCCAGUGAGUUGCAACUUGACAAUGGUUUGGGUGAUCUAAUAUCUAUCAAGAACACAAAUUGGUCAGAUGCCGUGUUGUGGAAUCCUCAUCUUCAAAUGGAGGCAUGUUACAAAGAUUUUGUUUGCGUUGAAAAUGCCAAGAUUGGAAGUGUCCAGCUAGAGCCAGAACAAACUUGGACAGCUGUGCAGCACCUUAGCAUAGCUUGAACCGUAAAUGUGUUUCUGCGUCAUCAAUUAUUUUUGUGUUAUUUGAUCCGCCAACAAUAUGUAUCUUCUGUAUUAAUAAUUCUCUAUGCCACUAAUAGUAGGCCAGUGGCGAGCGAUAGUUUACAAGAGGCAAACCUCGUUUAAACCUCAUUACAUUCGUAACAUUAUUGUAACAAAAAAAUAAGGAAUAAUAAUUUUCUUUUCUUUUA